CUCCACAUCCCACAUUUCGACGCCCACAACGCGAUCGAAAGACGAUACGAUGAGCGCCUUUCAAAACGGCGGUGCUCCGGCACGAGCGAUUGACGACGAUUCCGAUGUUGAGGAGGAAGCCCUUGCCGCAGAUUACAUAGAACAAGUUCACUAUGAGGGGAUGGAAGAAUUGGAGCCCGUCACAUCGAUGAGCAUGGCACAACAGACGGAUGACAUUCAGUCAAGAUUAGCAGCUGCCGCACAGCCUCUGGACUUCUCGGCUCCUCUUGAGGUCAAGUUUGCCAGCUACGACAACUACUGCAGCUUGUUCCAUUUCAUCUUGAACUCAGACGGUCCUGUGGAUCUUGAACCUCCUUCGUACUACUGGGCUUGGGAUGUUAUAGAUGAAUUCAUCUACCAAUUCAACUCUUUCUGCUCGUAUCGAAACCGUGUCGCGCGUCAAGGGUCCAACCAAGAAGAAAUCCAAAUCCUCCGCGAAGCACCGAACACAUGGGGCUGCUAUAGCGUUCUCAACGUCCUGUACUCCCUCAUCCAACGUUCGCAGAUCAAUGAGCAACUGGCGGCGAUGAAGCGAAACGAGGAGCCUAUGGCAGUGGCUGGCGAUUAUGGAUCGAAGUCUCUCUACCGAAUGCUUGGAUAUUUCUCGAUCAUUGGUCUUUUGAGAGUUCACUGCCUUCUCGGAGACUUCAGUCUUGCGCUGAAAACUCUUGAUGAUAUUGAACUCAAUAAGAAAGCCAUGUUCGCCCGCGUUAUGGCCGCACACUUCACAACCUACUACUAUGUAGGCUUCUCCUACAUGAUGAUGCGCCGGUACGCAGAUGCCAUCCGCAUGUUCAGCCAUAUCCUUAUCUACGUUUCGCGGACGAAGAAUUUCCAGAAGAACGCCCAGUACGAUUCAAUCUCGAAAAAGAACGACCAGAUGUACGCUCUCAUUGCUAUCUGCGUGGCUUUCCACCCCACCAGACUCGACGAUACCAUUCACACUGCUCUACGAGAGAAGUACGGCGAUCAACUCUUGAAGUUGCAGCGCGGAGGGCCAGAAUCACUUCCCAUCUUUGAGGAGUUGUUCAGGUCUUCUUGCCCCAAGUUCAUCUCCCCAACUCCUCCUGAUUUCGACAACCCAGAGCUCAAUGUCGACCCUCUUGACCACCACCUGGCUAUCUUCAUGGACGAAGUCAAGACGAACAUGUGGAGUCCUACCGUCAAGUCGUACCUCCGACUCUAUACAACAAUGGAUCUGAAGAAGCUGGCAGGUUUCCUUGAGGUUGAGCCUGAGAAGUUGAGAGGUUGGUUACUGGUGAACAAGCAGAGAAGUAGACAAAUCCGAUGGACGGACAAUGGAUUGUUGGACGGAGAGGUGGUCAACUCUAAUGACCUUGAUUAUGCUAUGCAAGGAGACCUGAUCCAUAUCUCAGAAGCUAAGGUUGGCCGCAAAUUGGUGGACUGGUAUCUUCGGAACCUUGCCCGGACAUAUUGAAGGGUUUCUGCAUUUCAUGUUGGACUUGAUCGGAGGCUGCAUGGUUGGCGUUGGAAUGAAAAAGGGACCAAAAGCUCACGGUGUCAUUGAGACAUAAGGAGAGCUAGUGUAGAACGACCUUGAACAUGCGUAGAUAAAUUUUUUAAGACAGCAACUUGCAUCAUGAACGUCCUCCCGACCAAUGUCCC